AUCCAAUCCUUAAUCGAUGAAAUCAAAGAAAGUAACACAAACACAGUUACAGCAAAUAGAUCGUCAGCGAAAGCUUUAAAAGAAGGAUUUUUGCAAAUGAAACCUCUGAUUCAAUCUCCACAUUUAAAAAAUUUAACCUUAACGUGUUUGAUACAAACAGGAUUUUUAACGAGUUUAAAUACAUUACGAUUAUGGUUACCUCAAUUGUACACAACAAUAAACGAUUAUCAAACAGCUUAUCCUGAUGAUAAAGAUGCUAAUUUAUGUACAAUGUUGGGAUCGAUUACUUCUAAUGUUGAUGUUAGUCAAUCUGAAUGUUUAGAGUUUGACUCCAGAGAUUCCGUUUACUUCAACGUUGUAAUUAUAAACAUUGUUAAUAUGAUAUUUUAUACUUUAGCAGGAAUAUUUAUAAAUAAAUUAGGAAAGAAAACCAUCCUCAUUUUCUUAGGCAUUUUAGGAACAAUAAGUGGGGUUUCAAUUUAUUUUGCACAAAGCGUUGCAACAACAACCACUUUGACAUCGUUGAGUAACGCUUCUUUGGGCGUUUGUAGCAAUAUUUUAAUAACAAUUGUAAUUGAUUUAUUUCCAACAACUUUAAGAACAAUCGCUGUUUCAAUGGUUAUGAUGGCUGGAAGAUCUGGAUCUAUGGUUGGAAAUAUUACGUUUCCCAUGUUGUUACAACUGGGAUGUUGGGAACCGUUUUUUACAAUCGGCGGUUUUGUGCUGGUUUCUACAAUGAUUACGUUUUUCUUACCAAAAACUGAUAUGAAAUCACUCGAAUAAUAUAAAAUUAUAAUAUAAUAUUUUUUAUUUUGUAUGUUAAUAA